CACACUUCGGGCCACCGGCGCGUAAGGGCAGUUGAGCAGGCAGUCAGGUAGACAGGUAAUAUGGCAACAAGCCGACGGGACCAGGCCCCCCCCCCGUGGACAACCACCACACCCAUAGCUUGCCUCAGCACUGUGUCGGAGAGGGCAGACGGAUACCAUCGCAGACGACUUCCGCUCUCUCUCUCUCUCAUUGGCCACCCUCCUGGUCCUCACUGCUCCUUGCUCGUUUCCCAGCCAACCUACGCAACCCGCUCCGCGACGCCACCUGGAGCCGUAUCAUCAUCCCUUUGUUCCCCCACCCGGUCACGAUCCUGGGAGCUAUUCCCUUCGCUCGGGACUCUCCUCUGCUGCACUCCUCAACCUUACUCUACUCUCCUCAGUCUUGGAACUCCCACUGCUCUCAAACCCCCUUCGGCCGGCGUCAGCUACCCCUUUCUCUUGAAACACGGGGAAAAGCACCUUGAGUCCACCCAGCAGCGGAAGUUGAUUUCGCCCUCGCAGCUAGACCGAGAGAGGGGCAAGACCUCAGCUGACGUGAACUGGUGUAUCCAUCCAUCCUUCGUUCGGACGUGCUGAUCGGACGAGGCUUAGCUACUCACCAUCAUCCCACCGAUCACUCUCAAUCCCCGGACCUGUCCCUUUGUCCUCUGUCCUUCACAGACCCUGCAUAUCGUCUUCGCCUACCCUCCUCUUCCUCGUCAGCAUCAGCAUCGUCAUCGUCUUAGCUGCGAGACACACGUUCGCCGGGCUGUUUCUAUCCGGAGCUAGACAUUGCAGCACUUUUUGGUCCUGCUCCUAG